CUUGAACAGACCCGUGUGUAACUCCUGGUGUGUUCAGACGUACUUUCCUGGUCCCCGUUCUGAUGAUUGCCACAAAGAUGCACGCCGUGGCUCAGCUCAAGGAAAACAUUAAUAUUACAAACAACAAGACCAUGGAUGUAUCAAGGGUUCGCAGGUGUUUAUUCGGGAAACCAGAUAAAGACAGCCUUAAGGCUGAGGUUUCAAAACUGUAUGCCAAAGAUUGUGCGGAGGCCAAAUCGCGUUGGAACUAUGACAUCCUCAAUGAUGUUCCAGAGGAUGGACCAUUGGAUUGGGUUGAAACAACAGAUUGCCCAGAAUUCUAUAAAAAGGGAUACACGUCAAAAUUUAGACGUGUGUUACCACGUGUGCCGUGCAAUUCUCUGUAUAACCGGGAUUACAGCGACGAUAGUGACGAUGAGUUAAGAGGAGUUUCUACACUUAGCGACAAUGUGUUGUCGUCUACUAGUCAAGACGAUUUGUGCAAUAAAUCAGACGAGGAUUGUAAAAAUACUACAAUGCCGAAACUAGUGCAAACACACAUGGAUGCAUAUUUGAGGAAAAGAAAGAGAGCAGUUCCCUCCAGUACAACAUCAAGCAAGACGAGACGAUUAGAAUGAAGAGAACCUUUAGUCUAUAUUUACAGAUUUUGCAGACAGAAGUGCUUUGUUGCCGGAGAUGUGCCAGUCAGUCGGUCAAUGAGGACAAGUGGUAUGGAGGGCUGCCUGACCAUUAAUAUUGGUCACCGGACACAAUGGACAGUCUUCCAGGACGAAGAAAACACGCUGGACACUUUGCGAGCAUACUUGCCAAUAGUGAAAUAGAACCCAAGUGUAGAUUUCAGGAGAAACGCAGAAAACUGACCAGUAGUGCGGCGGGAUCCGUGCUUACAAUUAAACAAAUAUUCUUGGCCAAAAUUUGGAACAUUUAUAUGUUUUUCCGAAGUGUAUUGAAUAGACAUAAAAUAGUUCGUGAGAUAUGAAAAGAUCAUUUUGCAUUUCAUUUGAGAAAAUGUUAUUGUUAUAUGAUUAUUUUUUUGUUAUGAAAUUAUUCAUAUUUGUCAUCCUUGGUUUGUCUACCAUAUAUUUUAAUGGUUCGCUAUGUGCCCAGUAGAUGUCGCCACUGGUGACUCCAAACAAAUUGAUGUUGCUAAAUACAGCAUGAAAGUUUCAAGUAUUUAUAUUUUGAUAGCUUGACUGUAAUAUAAAUUUUUAUCCGCGAGUGAAAACUACAAAAUAUACCAUCAAAUGGUAUGCCAUUUUUUCUCAAUAAACUUUAAAUCAUUCCAAAAAUUACCCCAUCUAGUAUUUACAUCUGAAAACACCGGGCACAGAUGCCAAAUGCGGCGAAAACUGUUUUUACAUCUUUGGGAGAAAUAUUUUUAUUUUUAUCUUUGUGGAGCGAAAAAUGUUAUUUUAUUUUGUGUUAUUGUGUUUCCCAUAAUACACUGCCCUCAUUUUCCAAGUUUGUGACAAAAAGUUUAAAACCCUUGUGCAAUUUUAUAUAUUGUGUAACUGCAGCUGUUUGCUUAGCCUGACCAGGUAUAAGUAAGCAGUACUGUGGCCGAUCUCAUUUGCAUAUUAUCAUUUUUAUUUAUUGUUUGCCUAAAUUAUGUUCUAACUUAAAAUACAAUUAAGCGAAAUGUAUAUAAUAUAUGUAUUACAUGAAAUAUUUGUGAAAGCAAAUAAGAAGACACCUAUUUAUAACGUUUGAUCUGACUGCUCAAGUCAGAAUAAAAUUAUUUAAUUCAAAUGUAAAUAUUUUACACAUAAAAACUACAAUACAAGCAAAUGUUGGCAGAACUUUGAAAAAAUGAUUGCUAUCAAAUAUGGAAACAGUUACUCUUUUGGAGAUUAUUUGAUUUUUUUAUUGCCGUAAAGAAAUAUUUGAAUUUAUAUCAGUGGUACUUACCACCUUAAAUUUUAAUUUAUGUACAUUUCCAAAACUUUUAGAAUUUCCUUUUUAUUCUUUUUCUGUUCUUUCUUUCUUAUUCAUUAUUGGAUAAUUUUCCAGAAAUUGUGAACAGAGAUCCAAAGUUACAAAAUGGUAAAUGACAGACUUUCGAAUACAAAAAAAGCUUUGAGAUAUUCAUACGAAAAUUUGUAACUAUAAUGAUAUUGUGAUUAGAGAGUGAUUUCACUUAAUAGUAAUGUAAAUCUGUUUAUCGCAUGAAAUAAUUGUAAGAUUUAUAAAAUCAGAAAAUAAAUCCAGUCAGAAAAUCUAGCAGCUAUUUAGCAAAAAGUUCAUGUCAUUUACCAUAACACUUCAUGAUCCAGAUGAAUCCUGAUUUUAAAAUGAUCUCAUUUUAUGUUGAGCAACAAUCAUCAUUGGUGAAAACCAAAACUGGAAUAUUAUAAUUGAUUUGUCAUUAUUGAACGUUUAGUUGUGUAGCUUCAGAAUCACUAUUGUGUUCAAAUUGGAAAGGUUUUAGUCAGGAAAUGAAAGUUGAGAAUGAGGCUCGACCGAGUUAAGGUGUUUUAAAGAUGAUUUUUUUUCUGCAUGUUUGAAUGAAAUGUAUGUUUGUAAAGAAAGUGUGUGUGUGUUAAGUGAAUGGAGAAUGAAUUGAAGACAUGUAAAACUGACUUUUUGAAGUUAAAAACAUUGCAAAGACUCAAAACGCUCAUCAACUUGUUUCCAUUUAUAUCAAUCAUGGUUCAUAAAGUGCAACUUUGUUGUGUUGUCAAAAAACUAUUUCUUGUUGAUGCUGAAAUAGAAAAAAAAUAUUGUAAAAGAAAAAGAAGAAAGAAAAAACCCAAUAAAAUUGAAGGUUUAAAUGAUA